CCUGCAGACAUUGUCAGCAGGAGCAGGUCUUGGAAUAACAGAUUGGAUCUGAGUGAGAGGUAGAAGAAAUUGCUGUGCAUGAUGGGUUAUUUCCUACACACAAACACACCCAGCGCUGAUUCCUUAUUAUGGGCUGUCACUCCCCAAAACUUCAAAUUGAUGCAAUCAGAUGAAGUCAAAGCAAACAUAGUCCCAGUAUAAAACCUUUCGAUGGUGCACCAUUCCACACUGUGCGGGCUCUGAGGGUGCAACAAUCAUGAAGGCUUUGCUCGUUGCCCUGCUGGUGGCAGUCCUGUGUGCCGAGCAAGCUUCCUCCUUGUUUUGCUACACAUGUGAAAAUGAGCACUCCAACUGGAACUGUCUUAAAACCUACAAGUGUGAAGACCAUGAGAAAUACUGUACAACCACAUACAGUGCUGCUGGGUAUGGCAAAGACACGGGAUAUCGCAUAACCAAGAAAUGUUCUGCAGACUGCCCUGAGACCAACACAGACUUUGGCGUGGUGGCCAUUUCCACCAAAUGCUGCGGGACCUCCCUGUGCAAUUUCAGUGGUGCCAACAGCGUGAAACUGAGCUAUGCUGUGAUGUUCCUGGGAACGGUAGCCAGUUUGAUCUGUGUCAUUCGGGCGGGAUUGUGAUGAGGGUUGGGGGUGGGAGAAGAUGUGACAACCCAAGGACCUACACAUGGUCUUGCCAAACAGAAUAAACAACAUCUUUUGUCAAGGUCUAUGCUAUUCUGCUUUUUUUCCAACACUUUUUUUCAGAUCUGACCCACAAAAUAGCAUGGCAGUAUGGCUCCUAUUUUUUUUUCACCUAUAUGAUUUGUUGUUUUGUACUAAUUUUCCCUGAGAAAGCUAUUUUGAUUGCAUGUAUGUGACAGUUGUCAGACAAAAUAAAGAUUUAUGUUAUUCUA